UACACAGAAGUCUUACGGUACGACCAGCAGCACUGCUGUCAAAGUCUGUCCCUUCCUAGAAAGAUAACUUGCAGACCGAUGAUUUUUAAUGCAUAACGAACGGUGAUAAUAUAUCGUUACGAGCAGUGAUUAUUUGACAUGCGAGAUAUAGUUAUGGAAAUCUUGAUUGGAAGAAAUUAAUAUUAAAUUUUGACGACGUACUUGCUCAAACUAUGAUGAAAAGUGGGUGUUGAAUUUUGACGAUGUUUAAACUUGAACUGCGAUAAAAUUUGGUGUAAUUAUUUUACGAGGAAAUUGCUGCCGAAAAUCGAUAACUACCUAGAGGUAUUGUUACAGGUCGCCAAAAAUUGUAAAUUUCAGUAUACAACAAUGCUCAAACAUGGACUUUAUUCUUCAUACAUGAGCGAGUUUUCUAUGAAAUUUUGAUAACUUUGCGGUGCAAUAUUCGGCUCGCAUUCCCGUGAAAUUCGUUAAAUAUUUUUGUACAGUGAAUCACAUAAAAAAAAACAGUGUCCACUGUGAAGUUCCCUAUAACUUGCUAGGGUCGCACUCCUCAUGUUCUAAUUUUUGCCCAUUGAGUGAGUUUUCGAUGAAAUUUUGAUAACUUUUCCGUGUAAUCUUCCGUGUGCACUCCCGUGAAAUUCAUGGAAUAUUUUUAUACAGUAAAUUGCGUCUAAGAACUAGUGUAGGAGUUCCUAGGGAGCUGAGGUCACAAUCAUCAUCAUGAAUUUCCUUUACUACAAAAACCUCGGCGGCGAGGAGAAGACAACCUCCUCGUAUUCUUCAGGAUACAAGAAGAAAAAACUUCCUGCCAAAAAAUCUACUGGCAGAGGAGCUAACGCGGCAGGCCACUCUGAGUCAUGCGAGUGCGACGUGUGUUCAAGUCAGUUCCCCCUACGUACGCACCUCAUGCUCGACAUGUCUUACUCACGUCUCGACCCCAGCGGAGCCGCUGCCCGUAAGACCAGCGGAGGGACAGGCGGGUCCGGCGUGACGUUUUCCUUCUUCGGCAGGUCCAGGAAACCGCUCAUCAGCAAGGAGGACAGGCGGCCUAGCAGCAGCAAGGUUACACUCAGCACGUGUGCGGGAAUUCCCAUGCCAGACCCGAUGUUGCCCCGACAGCCCCAGCAGCUACAGCUCACGGCGCCCCACACUAACGCCCCUCAGGUCAAUGAGCAUGUCACCCUACACACCCUCAAGCAGGACUGCUUCAUGAUACCCGUCGGCAGGAUGAGCAGGUUCUUCCCCGCUGGCCAUCCUAUUCCAAGUUUCGGUGAGUCUGGCCGCGUCCGCAUGCUGGAGACUGCGGAUCCGCACCUGAAGCUCGUCUACCACCUCAUGACGCCCUGCCAGCCCCUCCUCCCCUCCAUGAAGUCCCCACUCUUCGAGCCACACAAGCACCAGAAGGAGUGCGUCAGUAAGGCCUUCAAGACAGCGGCCGUGGCAGUGUCGUGUCCGCAACUACAGGGCAUGGUGCUCAUGAACCUCGAGAAGGAGUGCGAGGACGGCAGAGUCGAGUUCUCGUUCAUGAUCGUGUGGAUUGUAGACGUGCGAGCGUGCGACGCUACGAGCGUCAUCAAGAAGGUGCGGCAACACACACUCGAGUUCCUGGACCCCACGAGGACCGGCUACACCUGCGACCACUUCUUCGACGUGUACGACGAGGUCGUCACGCUUGCCCGUCCACCUCUAGAGAAGUUGUCUAGGAGGGCGAACAGCGCGUCCACAGGUUACAUCAUCACCGUGUACCGGGUCUUCGAGGGCGAUGACGGCCAAAAGUUCGAACGCAACUGGCUCACAUGGACAGGGGCUAAGACUCUCUACCGAAGCCUGACCCAAGACUUGGAGUUGCGACGCUUCACUUUACACAAAUCCUCCCCAAGAAACGGCAUCCUGCGCUACAUUUUAGUGUGCGACUGCGCCAACUUUUUGACGCACAUCUCAGUAGCCGUGAAGGCGGUGCCUAUGCUGCGUAUGAGACUGUGCGGCGACAUAGGGCUUUACCGGCCAAUAUGUACCUUGUGAGAACCAACUUCCAGUGCUCCAAGAAGCUGGCUCUUCUUUUAUAUUCCCAAUGUUUUAUCAUCUAAGUAGAAUUUAGGGUCAUGAAUAAUGAUGCGGAUUGAACCUAACUGAUCCGAAUGUGGUAUCGUACGAAUGUUUUAUACCUUCCCGUGGUUAGAACUAUGAAUGGCAUUAAUGCACCAGAAAUUUGCCAUUACCAACCUGUGCGUGCCAUCAAAAUUGAUCAAAGUUGUGUUUUUUAGCUGAUCGUUUUGACAAUUGGUUGAAUAAUGUACCGUCAUUUAUAUGAACCACAUUGAAGGCAGUGUAAUGGCACUUGGUUAUGUAAGAUGGCCAUUCCAUAUGCCAGCCACGAAAGUUACAAAAUAUCCCUCGUAUUAUCGAGGGAGCUUUUCAUUCGUCAUUUCCCACGUACUACAUUUGUAUUUCAUGUUGCGUUUACUGGAACUGGCAAUGGUAAUACUCACGUUAUAGUGACAAUAAGCAAAGGAUUUAGUUUGACUUAAAUGUAGCAUCCUCUUAUAUUGUAACUAUAAGGAAACUCGCAUAAUGUCAAUUGCAAUUGAUAUUUCUUACAUGGUGAAGAAUGUGUCAAAUUACAGUGAAGAAUGUGUCAAAUAAAGCGCAAUUGCAAGAUGAUCUUGACAGCAUAGUUAACUGGGCUGAUACGUG